UGGAGAACCCCGACUUUCUUCAAUUCCUUCCAUCACAUCUCCAAUUAUGGCUGGCACAGAGGGUGACCAGUUCCUGAAGCAGGCAACGGGCCGAAAUACUCGGGGCAUGCUCCGAGUAAUUAUCCUGUGCCUGAUUGCUGGUGCGGCUGUCUCCAGUCGACUCUUCUCCGUUAUUCGAUUCGAGAGUAUCAUUCAUGAAUUUGAUCCUUGGUUCAAUUUUCGAGCAACGAAAUACCUAGUCCAGAAUGGCUUUUACAGCUUUUGGGACUGGUUCGACGACCGAACAUGGCAUCCUCUCGGCAGAGUCACUGGAGGUACCCUCUAUCCCGGCUUGAUGGUAACCAGCGGCGUCAUCUACCACCUCCUCCGAUUCCUCGCGCUUCCUGUCGAUAUCCGAAACAUUUGCGUGCUUCUCGCACCCGGCUUCUCUGGCCUCACCGCGCUUGCGACGUAUCUUUUGACAUCUGAAAUGGUCACUUCGCCCUCCGCCGGUCUCCUAGCCGCCGCUUUUAUGGGAAUAACCCCCGGUUACAUCUCUCGUUCGGUUGCGGGAAGUUAUGAUAACGAGGCUAUUGCUAUCUUUCUGUUAGUCUUCACUUUCUUCCUUUGGAUCAAGGCUGUCAAGAACGGAUCUGUCUUCUGGGGCGCGUUGACCGCGUUGUUCUACGGAUACAUGGUGUCGGCAUGGGGUGGAUAUGUCUUCAUUACGAACUUACUCCCCCUUCACGCAUUCGUUUUGAUCUGCAUGGGAAGAUACAGCCCACGACUCUACGUCAGCUAUACUUCGUGGUAUGCGCUUGGAACGCUUGCUAGCAUGCAGAUCCCGUUCGUUGGAUUCUUGCCAAUCAGGAGUAGCGAGCACAUGUCCGCUCUAGGUGUCUUCGGCCUUCUUCAAGUUGUGGGGUUUGUGGAGUUUGUCCGCACUCAGCUCCCAAGCAAGCAGUUCCAGACUCUACUCCGUGCCCUGGUCCUCAUUAUCUUCCUGGUCUCCUUCGGAGGCCUGGUUAUUCUAACUUUAUCUGGUGUCAUUGCACCUUGGACGGGCCGCUUCUAUUCUCUCUGGGAUACCGGCUACGCGAAGAUUCACAUCCCCAUCAUUGCUUCCGUCUCCGAGCAUCAACCUACCGCAUGGCCCGCCUUCUUCUUCGAUCUAAGCAUGAUGAUCUGGCUUUUCCCAGCUGGCGUCUACUUGUGCUUCCGAAGCCUGACUGACGAGCAAGUUUUCAUCGUCAUCUACUCUGUCCUUGCCAGCUACUUCGCCGGUGUUAUGGUACGUCUUAUGCUCACCCUGACUCCCAUAGUUUGUGUUGCUUCUGCAAUUGCAUUCUCCCAAAUUUUGGAUACGUACCUGGAUGCAGAGAUGCCGAAAUUAGAGAUGAAGGAAAAUGGAACCUCUGAGCCUGCUAAGGUGGCCGCGACCGCAAUCCUACCCGACGGUCUUCGGUCAACCCGGAGCCCACUCAUUGGAGUCUAUUCCUACGCUUCCAAGCUGACAGUCGUUGGCGCAUCGGCCGUCUACCUUAUGCUAUUCGUGCUUCACUGCACCUGGGUCACCUCGAAUGCCUACUCAUCCCCUUCGGUCGUUCUUGCCUCCAGGCUUCCCGAUGGUAGCCAACAUAUCAUCGACGAUUACCGAGAGGCCUAUUAUUGGCUGAGACAGAACACACCUGACAACGCAAAGAUUAUGUCCUGGUGGGAUUACGGCUACCAGAUUGGUGGCAUGGCCGAUCGCCCGACUCUAGUUGAUAACAACACGUGGAAUAACACUCAUAUUGCAACCGUUGGGAAAGCGAUGAGCUCACGAGAAGAAGUCAGCUACCCUAUCAUGCGCCAGCAUGAGGUUGACUAUGUCUUAGUGGUCUUCGGUGGCCUUCUCGGAUACUCUGGGGACGAUAUCAACAAGUUCCUGUGGAUGGUCCGUAUUGCCGAGGGUAUUUGGCCCGAUGAGGUCAAGGAGCGCGACUUUUUCACCGCUAGAGGCGAGUAUCGUGUGGACGACGAGGCCACCUUAACCAUGAAGAACAGCUUGAUGUACAAGAUGUCUUACUACAACUACAAUGCGCUCUUCCCCGCUGGCCAGGCGCAGGACCGAGUCCGAGGAGCACGAUUGCCUGCUGAGGGGCCUCAACUCAGCACCAUCGAAGAGGCAUUUACCAGCGAGAACUGGAUCAUUCGAAUCUACAAGGUCAAGGAUCUUGACAACUUUGGCCGUGACCACCAGAGCGCUGGGGCUUUCGACAAGGGUCACAAGAAGAAGAGGGCUUCAAAGCGCAAGGGCGCAAGGGUGCUGAGGGUCGAGUAAAUAUUUCACUUUAAACGUCAAAUGUUUUCAUAGUAAAGGCCUUGGGCAUUGUAAAACCAAUAUGGCAGGCAGGAUGAGCGGGCGUUUCGGGAGAAUAAAAAGAAAGGUCUAG